GUCAUUGAGUUGCUGUGGAUCUGAGUCAAGGCACGUCCUCGAAUACAACUCUCAUAUUCUGCCAAAGCAAAGACGUUUACAUCGCUGAAAAUACAAAGAGGAAUUCUGAUUCCUCGUGUUCUUGGGGGUAACAGAGGCUGCCUCGAAUAGAUCGUGUGCUAGAAGAUUUAUGAAGGGCAUUCAAGAAGUGUCCAACGAUAUUUUGCUCCGAUAAUUCAACAUGGAGGUCUCAAGUGCUUCUAAGGAGAAGCCUGCAGACGCCGAUGCCAUCCAAGCUGAGGCCAUCUCAUCUGGCGAGCUGGAAAAGGGUCAAGCCCAUACCAGUGGAGACGUCGCCAACGCUGAGCAGCCAAAUAUCGAUCCUGACAUUGAGAAACGCGUGGUCAGAAAGCUUGAUCGGAGUGUUCUUCCCCUGGUCAUGGUACUCUACCUCCUUUCUUUUCUUGAUCGCUCCAAUAUUGGCAAUGCUAGAAUUGCGGGUAUGUCAGAAGACCUGAAUCUGGUUGGCAACCGGUACGACUGGCUUCUGACCAUCUUUUACAUCUCCUACAUCACCUUUCAGUGGCAGGCACUUUGUUGGAAGCUCAUCCCACCCCACAUCUGGGCCGCGUUCUGUGUGUUUGGCUGGGGCUUGGUGUCCACCGUUCAAGCCGGAAUCCACUCAUGGCAAGCGGAGAUGGCCCUGCGAUUUUUCAUGGGAGUGACGGAGGCAGGGUAUGGACCAGGCAUUCCGUACCUGCUCUCUUUCUUCUAUCUUCGUCACGAGAUUGGUUUUCGCCAGGGUAUCUUCCUCUCCGCAGCACCACUGGCCAACACCUUCGCCGGGGCGCUAGCUUACGGUAUCACAUCCGGUAAAAAUCUGAAACUCGCAAAUUGGAGGAUCUUGUUCCUGGUUGAAGGCCUUCCCACGCUUGUGAUGGUCCCCGUCGCGUACUUCUUCUUGCCCGACUCUCCAGACCAAAUACGGUCGUUGACGCCCGAAGAGAAGGCCAUUGCAAAAGCGCGUGGCUUAAGGCAGGUUGGUUCUACUGAACGCGUUGGAAGUGUCAGCUUGAAGGAAGUGCUGGCCACGUUCGCCGACGCGAAAGCUUGGUUCACUGCACUUAUGUAUUUCUCCGUGAACGUGAGCUUCUCUUCGCUUCCCGUGUUCUUGCCGACGAUUCUUAAGGAAAUGGGCUUUACUGCUGUUCGAGCUCAAGGCUUAACCGCACCACCUUUCUUCCUGAGUUUCUUGAUCACGAUUCUUUCUACGUACAUUGCGGACAGAACUCAGCAGCGUGGUUUGAUGCUUAUCUUCCUCUCUGCACUCGGGGGUGUAGGGUAUGUCAUGCUUGCCGUGUGUAAGUCUGUUGGAGCAAGGUACGCAGGAGUAUUUCUGGCGGCAGCAGGAAUAUUUCCAAGCAUCGCAAACAUUCUGCCCUGGACGACAAACAAUCAAGGAAGUGAUACCAGACGCGGCGCUGGUAUCAUGAUACUCAACCUCAUCGGACAGUGCGGACCCGUUCUCGGCACCAGGCUGUAUCCUACCAAUGAGGGGCCGUAUUACGUCAAAGGCCAGUCAAUUUGUGCCGCAUUUAUGUUCUUUACGACGAUACUGGUGAUUGGCUUGAGGACCUUGCUUUUGUGGGAGAACAAGCAGAUGGACAAGCGAUUCGGCACGUUGGAAGAGCAGAAGGCGAGGGCUGCGGCUGCUGCAGAUGCCCAUGCUGAGAAGGAAGCCAACACGGCAGUUGAAGAUUACGGACCAAUGUUCAGAUACGUGCUUUAGAGUGUCUACGCUUAUUAUCACCGGUAGUUGCAUGGAAGAAUAUCAUAUUUUUCCGUCAUCAACAAUCUUCUAUUUA